AUGGAGCAGCUGAGCCCUGUCUGGCUCGUAUCGCUUGUGGACGGGGCUGGUCUGUGCCCCCAAACCAGCGUCUCCAGCCCCAAGCGUGGGGCUGAUCCUGUCCUGGUUCUGCCAGGCCAGCUCAUCUCCCAAGGGAUGGGUUUCUACUUGUCCUUCGCAGAGCUGCCACCCUCCGAGUUCAUGCAGGUGGCAGAUUCGACGUGGCUGGUGCUCAGCGUUGUCUCCAACGGGCGAGCGCCCUCCGGCUGCCAGGCCACCGGUGUCACCAAGAUCGCCAGGUCGGUCAUCGCGCCGCUGGCCGAGCACCACGUCUCGGUGCUGAUGCUCUCCACCUACCAGACUGACUUCAUCCUGGUGCGGGAGCGGGACCUGCCUGUGGUGAUCCACACGCUGGCGGGGGAGUUCGACAUCUACAAGGAGGAGGGCGGCGAGUGCGUCCCUGUCACCUGCGACGAUGUGAGCAACGGCUUCCUCAAGCCCAAGCCGGCCGCUAGCCCCACGCUGCACCCCGUGCAGAGCCCCCAGACCCGCUUCUGCGUCCUGACUGUGGCCCCCGACACGCUGCCUGCCAUUGCCACCAUGCUCAUCGACGUCCUCUUCUACUCCCACAGCCCCCCAAGGGAGGCUGGCGCCAGCAGCCAGGACCUUGACUCCAUCACCUUCUUUGCCUUCUCCCUCAUCGAGGGCUACAUCUCCAUUGUGAUGGACGCCGAAACCCAGAAGCGGUUCCCCAGUGAUCUGCUGCUGACCAGCUCGACAGGGGAGCUGUGGCGGAUGGUGCGGAUCGGCGGGCAGCCCCUCGGCUUCGAUGAGUGUGGCAUCGUGGCGCAGAUUGCUGAGCCGCUGGCCGCCGCUGACAUAUCGGCAUAUUACAUCAGCACCUUCAACUUCGAUCAUGCCUUGGUCCCCGAGGAGGGCAUCGCUGAGGUCAUCCAGCUGCUGCAGCAGCGCCAGGAGAGCAGCAGAUAGCAGCCGGCUGUCCCCUCGCCGGGUGGCCCAGCGCGGUGGCAUGGUGGGCUCCCCCCUUCCCCCCCAUCCACUCUAUUUGUUAUUUUUUAAUUUUAAGGCUUGCCCCAGGUGCGGGGCAGAGCCGGGUGCAGCAUCACUCCCUGCCUGCUGGGGACAUGGUGGCUUCAGGGAUCUGGUGGCCUCGUGGCAGUGGGACAGUGUCCCGUGGGAGGGGGGGGCAGUCCCCACCGUGCCACCCCACGGGUGAGGCCACAGGCCAGCCCUGUACCACCCUCUGCCUCCCGCCCUGCCUGCGCUGGGCCGGGGUGGGGGGCUCGGGAGGAGAGGGUGUCCCCAGGGACCUGCUGGAGGAGGGGACAUGGAGGGGGACAUGCCAGAGAGCAGUGAUGUGCCACCACAGUGCCGGGGUGACAGCCAGGGGUGUAAAGGGUGGGGGGCAGCUGUGGUGCUCUGGGGCACCCCUGGACUGGCCCCAUGGGAGGUGAAAGCAUCCUUGGAGCUGGGGUUCCCCCUGACACCCCAAAAAUCUCCAAGCAGAGGGGUGUGGGGGGGUUGUGGUUCAGCCCCAGCCCUGUGUCUCCUCUGGGGUGGCCCCAUGCCCCUUCCUGGGCUGUUGUCUCUCAUGAGGGGACAACAGUGACCCCCCCCAGCUCCCCCAAGCUGUAUUUUCACAUAGUUUUUAAUAA